GCAGUCAGCGGUCAGCACAGCCUCUCUAUCCAUGAGUAUCUCGUCAGUCAUCAGCUGCAAUGCAAAUCUGUGGCCGCAACUUCCCCCCUCGUGAGCUGUCUUCCUCCUCCGUCCCUCCUUUGCCGCGCGCUUCAAACCUGCUCUACCUGCUAUGCACUUGCAAAGUCUGUAAUAACCGGAGCUUCGCUUGCGCUCGGUCGACGUCGACGGCGCCGGCCGGUCGGCGACGAUGCCACCGCCACGCCACUGCCAGGGCCACAUUGCGCAAUGCCUCGGACGGAUCCUCUCCUGCCGCGGCGACGCCACCGUCGCCGCUGCUGCCGGCCGACGGCUCUCCGGCGCGGAAUUCGUCGACGGCGUGCGGAGCCUCGCCGCCGGCCUCGUCCACCGCGGGCUGCGCCCGGGCCACGUCGUCGCCGCCGUCGCCCUCAACAGCGUCGAGUACGUCCAGCUGUUCCUCGCCGUCACCUACGCCGGAGCGAUCAUCGCCCCUCUCAACUACCGCUGGAGCUUCGAGGAGGCGGCGCAGGCGGUGGAGCUCGUGCAGCCAUCGGCGUUCGUCUUUGACGGCGGCGUCUUCAGCUCUUGGGCUCUUCGACUGAUGGAGAGCGACAGGUUUCCAUCCAUUGGCCUGUACCUCCUCCUGGACGAUCCUUGCAGGAUUGGCCAUGCUGCUGCAGAUUUUGAAUCCACUGACCACAUCAUGAGGAGAGCUACGGCGACGAUGGAACCCGUGUCAGCUCCAGCGGAUGUUGCUCUAAUAUGCUUCACAUCUGGAACCACUGGGCGGCCAAAGGGUGUAGCGAUAAGCCAUACGUCUUUGAUCAUUCAGUCCCUUGCGAAAAUUGCCAUUGUUGGCUACGGUGAGGAUGAUGUUUACCUGCAUACAGCGCCUCUGUGCCAUAUCGGAGGGAUCUCCUCAUGCAUGGCUAUCCUGAUGGCCGGAGGUUGCCAUGUCCUGAUACCGAAAUUCGACGCCAAAUCAGCCUUUGACGCCAUCCAGGAACAAGGAGUGACUUCUUUCAUCACUGUCCCCGCGAUCAUGGCUGACCUGCUGUCCUAUGCUCGAAAAGAGAUGAUAUCAGAUUGUGGGAAGACAGUGACCAAGAUUCUGAAUGGGGGUGGUGGGCUGUCCCUUGACCUCCUAAAUGGAGCUUCACAAUUGUUUCCUCGUGCUGCCAUUUUCUCAGCUUAUGGGAUGACUGAGGCCUGUUCAUCUCUGACAUUCAUGGCUCUCAACGUACCAAAGCUUCAAGAACCCAAUAACCAACCAGGCAGCCAUUAUGGAGGCGUUUGUGUUGGCAAACCGGCACCACAUGUUGAGAUACGAAUCGGCAUGGAUGAUAAUAACACCAGUUCUUCACCAACUGGGAACAUCUUAACUAGAGGCUUCCACACCAUGGCUGGGUACUGGGCAAACAACAAGGUGGAUUCAUCAGAUUGUGUCAGGAACGGAUGGCUUGACACUGGAGACACUGGAUGGAUUGACAAAGCCGGUAAUCUAUGGCUCAUGGGGCGGCAAAAGGGCCGCAUAAAAACCGGAGGUGAAAAUGUUUACCCGGAAGAGGUUGAACUGGUACUAUCUCAGCACCCAGGAGUAGCAAGAGUUGUGGUAGUCGGUAUACCAGAUAGUCGUCUCGGGGAGAAAGUUAUUGCUUGUGUUAGCAUCAGGGAUGGCUGGAAGUGGGUUCAUGCAAGAACUGAGCACCAAGGCAAAGGCAAGGAAGUGUCUCCUCAGAUCCUUCAUGACCACUGCAGGAUGAAAAAACUGAGCAGAUUUAAGGUGCCAAGGUCUUAUUAUCAGUGGAGGCAGCCAUUUCCAGUGACUACGACAGGGAAAAUCAAAAGAGAGGAGCUGAAGAGGGAAAUUUUAGCAGCAAUUCAACUACCCAGCAACUUGUAGCAUUUUUAGGCAAAGAUCCAUUUUUGAACCAAAUUUUGGUUCAAUUCGACUCUAAUUUUUGAGGCCUGUAAAAAAGGUGCUUAGCUUUUACCUGGUUGGAGUUUAAGAUGCGAGGCAAAGACUGUUCGUUUUUUUUUUAAAAAAAGAGCAAGACGGUGAGAGAAGACGUAAAUGUGAGUUUUUUUUUUUAAAAAAAACUGAAAUAGCUUCACCUCUGGGUUGCUGGUGAAUGGUGAAUAAAUUUUGAAAGUUUCUAAGGGGAUGUUAGGUUUGAGGGACCAUUCUGUCCUAGAUGAGGUAGUGAAUUCAUCUAUGAAUUUUAGUGAAUCACCCUAUUCCUCA